AUGGAAGGCGUUACGGUUGAGGUUACUGAAGUAUGCGCUUUGGAGGACAUCAGCUCUAUUUUAGAAUCGCUAGGUAAAAACAUAAAUGAUUAUGAAAUUGUGACAUUCAAUGUAAAUAUAGAUGAGAAUGAAAGGUUGCAAAGAAUGGUUGUAGAAGAGACAACUAAUUUGGAUAUUGAAGGGGGAUUUAGUUGUGCAAUGAGCUUAAAUAAAGAAAAACAAUUUGCAUAUGAUACGAUUAUGGAAAAAGUAAAAACCCAAUCAAGCGGUUCUUUCUUUAUCGAUGGUCCUGGUGGGACAGGUAAAACCUUUUUGUACAAAGUACUUUUAGCUGAUGUAAGGUCUCAAAAUUUAAUUGCUUUGACAACCGCAUCUUCUGGAAUGGCUGCAUCUCUAUUACCUGGAGGUCGAACAACACAUUUGAGCAAGCAAUCGGCUUUGGGAAAUUUGUUGAAAAUGUCUUGGUUAAUAAUUUGGGAUGAAGCACCCAUGAUAAAUCGUUAUGCUGUCGAAGCUGUAGACAAAAUGCUUAGGGAUAUUACCGAUUGUAAUAUGCCCUUUGGUGGGAAAGUGAUGGUUCUAGGAGGCGAUUUUCGACAAGUUUUAUCAGUGGUUCCAAGAGGAAAAUAG